AUGGAGGACGAACUAGAACCACACGACAGCAAGACAGAGACUGCUAAAGAAACAGUUUCGUCAGAGCAAUCCUCACCACAGCAGGAGACAUUCUUCAAUAAUGCAGAAGAGGCUGACGUUGGCUUUAGCGCCUCCUGUCUGACCACAGCAGAACUGCAGCAACACUGGAGAGCCGUGAAGCAGGAGUUCAGGAGCGUCAAACUGCUGUUCGACAUCCCCAGCGCCCGCAUCACAGAGCACACCAUCUCCAAAUACGUGGUGUACCAGAUUGUGGUGAUCCGCUCGGGCAGCUACGACUGCGAGCGUGUAGCUAUCGAGAGGCGCUACUCGGACUUCCUCCACCUCCAUCAGGAGCUCCUGCUGGACUUCAGUGAGGAAAUGGAGGACAUCGUGAUGCCCAGGAAGAAAAUGAGGGGCAACUUCUCCGAGGAGAACAUCGCCGAGCGGCGCGUGGCCCUCAGAGACUAUCUCACUCAGCUCUACUCCCUCCGGUUUGUCCGGAAAUCCCAAGCGUUCCAGGCGUUCUUCACUCAUCAGGAACUGAAAGCUGCAUAUAACCUCCUGCGCGGGGGCCGCUUCUCCCGAGCGCUCGAGGGCCUCCAGACGGCGUUAAUACUUCAGGAGAAACUGUCUUCUCACAACCCUACUUUGGUGAUACCAACCUUGUGCGCCAUAUUGGUGUGCCAAAGGGAUCUAGAAGACUUUGACGCAGCAUUUCAGACUGGCAGAAGAGCUCUUCCCACAGUGAGACGCUAUGAGCUCCGGCAGUAUCAAGGGCCCCUGCUGGAGGCUCUCGUUGAUUUGGGCUACAGUCUCGAGUUGCCCGUGGCCCAGUUACAGGACGAGCUGACCAGAGUUCGAGACGCCCCACACGGGCAGGCGUCACUGGUGUCCCUUAAAGAACUGGUGGUGCAAGAGUUUGUAUAAUCAGUGACAGCUGUAACUUAGUUGUGUUUAUAAACAUUAUUUGAACAAAUCGCCUAAUGAGUGAAAAGUCCCACAGACUUACAUUGUAGGAAAUACUUGAGCCACAUCUAGAGACCAGAAUUUCAUAGAGACUUGGGGUGGGCUCUUUUGACUCGGGCUAGAAAGCAACCACCAAGAUCACACU